AUGUAUUUUCCCAUGGUAUUUGAGAUACCAGCAGUGUGGUGGGAAGAGGGGGGCUUCUUCGGUCCAGAGGACCCUCGAAUAAUCUUAGACGAGGGCGUCCAAGGUGCCGAGCCGCUUAUUGUCUUUAACAUGAUCUCGGAUGGUGCAGGAAGUCCACGAGCCAUGUGGAUCCAUAAACCAUUCUCGAACAUUACGACGAUACUGACAAUACGCAACGAGGAAAGAAGGCCCGUGGAGAAAAAUUGGGCCCCUUUCUUUCAUAACGAGCCCAGUGCAGGUAAAAGAACCGAGACCAAUGAGUAUCUGCACUUUGUGUAUAGUCUCAGGCCUCUACAGGUGCUCAGCUGUAUGAUUAGGAGUGGUGAGUGUGACUGGGUGUUCAGACAAGAAGUCCCAGAUGCUUUAACAGAAUUGCAUGGAGAUACACGAGGAGAAAUGCGGGGCGGAACGAACUUUAUGCCAAUCCCUAUAGAUGGACAUUCGGACAUCCAGACGUACAUCGGUCUUCCUCGAACGCAUCUUAAUUUCUGCAAUGCUGGUGCAACCUACCGUCCAGAAAUAACGGUACUCUCCGGCUUCCAAUCCAAGUUCCACAUCGCAUAUGCCAGUGUUGCAACCGAAUUCGGACACACAUUGCUUGAUGAGGAUCUCCUCAGUAAUCCUUGUACCAAGGGUAAUAUCUUGAUACCUAGCAGCAUUGCACGAUGGGUCUACAACUCCAGGGAAGACAUGAUGGAAGUGUCAUUCAGUAUAGCUGACGAAAAUAUUCACAUCCUCCGCCUCUACGGAGUGUUGAGUUUCAUCCGCAGCCUGCCAUACUAUAGCCGGUUCUUAGCAUUUGACAAUCCACAUCAUGACGACGCCUCUCGCAAUUUUCGCUGGUCUGUGGUAGGGAACGAGGUAAUAGCAUGCUCUGUAGAAGCAGCGGCUAAUUCAAGUCGAGCGGACUCAAUUCUUGCAGAAAUAGGUGAAUUGUCCAAGGCACUAGAGCAGAUUCGCAUUUAG